GGUGUUGUUGGCCGCGGAUGCGGUGUUCUCCUGACUUUCUCUCAACAGCAUUUGAUGUACUUUCUCGGAACAUAUUGGACUAAAGUAAUAGAAUCUGCAAGUUAUACACGGUACAGUGGAAGACUGCUUGUCAUGGUGUGACUGAAACAUAAAUGGCUGCCAUCAUGUCCCAGACAUUAUUAACCUAUGUCGAAGAGGAGAACAUUACUGCUUUCAAAGCACUGUUGGAAAAGUACAAGGAUGUGGAUGAAAGAAAUGAGAGUGGCCAGACUCCCCUAAUGCUUGCAGCAGAGCAAGGAAAUUUGGAGAUUGUUCAAGAAUUGCUCAAUAAAGGAGCUAACUGCAACCUGGAAGAUGCCGAUAACUGGACAGCUCUCAUUUCUGCUGCAAAGGAAGGACAUUUAGAAAUUGUGAAGGAGCUCAUUAAUUCUAGUGCUAACCUAGAACACAGAGAUAUGGGUGGCUGGACUGCUGUUAUGUGGGCAGCUUAUAAAGGUCAUACAGAGAUUGCAAGAUUACUUCUUGAGAGAGGUACAAACCCAAACAUUACUGGACAGCAGUACAGCGUUUACCCUAUCAUUUGGGCAGCUGGACGAGGUCAUCAUGAAAUUGUUGAACUCUUACUUCAGAGUGGAGCCAAAGUCAACUGUUCUGACAAAUAUGGAACAACACCAUUAAUAUGGGCCGCCAGGAAAGGUCAUAUUGAGUGUGUGAAACAUCUGUUGGAAAUGGGAGCCGACGUUGAUCAAGAAGGAGCUAACUCCAUGACUGCCUUGAUUGUGGCAGUCAAAGGUGGCUAUACAGAGGUGGUGAAGGAAUUACUGAAUCGCAAUCCAAAUGUCAAUCUGACUGAUAAAGAUGGGAAUACAGCUCUGAUGAUUGCAGCCAAAGAAGGUUACAUUGAAAUUGUACAGGACCUGUUAGAUGCAGGAACUUAUGUCAACAUCCCUGAUAGGAGUGGUGACACUGUCCUAAUUGGAGCUGUUAAAGGAGGUCAUGUGGAAAUCGUGAGGGCUUUACUUCAGAAAUAUGCUGAUAUAGAUAUAAAGGGAACAGAUAGUAAAACUGCUCUGUAUUGGGCUGUGGAAAAAGGAAAUGCAACCGUAGUAAGGGAUAUUCUCCAGUGCAAUCCUGAUACAGAAAUCUGCAUUAAGGAUGGUGAAACUCCUCUCAUUAAAGCAACCAAAAUGCGGAACAUUGAAAUUGUUGAACUUUUACUGGAUAAAGGUGCCAAGGUGUCUGCUGCAGAUAAGAAGGGAGACACUCCACUCCACAUAGCCAUCCGUGGGAGAAGCAGGAAAUUAGCUGAAUUGUUGCUGAGAAAUCCCAAAGAUGGACGUCUACUUUACCGACCUAAUAAAGCAAGCGAAACUCCAUACAACAUUGACUGUAGCCAUCAGAAAAGCAUUUUGACCCAGAUAUUUGGAGCAAGACACCUCUCUCCAAUGGAGACGGAUGGGGAUAUGCUUGGCUAUGAUCUGUACAGCAGUGCACUGGCAGAUAUUCUCAGUGAGCCAACUAUGCAGCCACCAAUUUGUGUGGGGCUGUAUGCACAGUGGGGAAGUGGAAAAUCAUUUCUUUUGAAAAAACUUGAAGAUGAAAUGAAGACAUUUGCAGGGCAGCAAGUGGAUCCUCUCUUCCAGUUCUCCUGGGCGGUGGUGUUUAUUACCCUCUUGACCUGUGUGGGAACAGGAAUACUUCUUGGCUUCACAGUUUGUCACAAGCUUGGCAUUGCAGUUGGGCUGAGUUUACUUGCUCUUCUUUACAUCUUUUUUGCAAUUAUUUAUUUUGGUGGUCGGCAAGAAGGAGAGAAUUGGAAUUGGGCCUGGGUGCUGAGUACUAGGCUUGCUCGGCAAAUCAGCUACCUGGAGCUCCUACUUAAACUGAUGUUUGUGAACCCGCCACAACUGCCAGAACAGACAUCCAGAGCAUUACCUGUUAGGUUUCUUUUCACAGACUACAACAGGCUUUCUAGUGUUGGUGGAGAAACAUCUACGGCUGAGAUGAUUGCAACUCUCUCUGAUGCCUGUGAAAGAGAGUUUGGUUUUCUUGCAUCAAGACUCUUCAGAGUCUUCAAGACUGAAGAUACCCAAGGUAAAAAAGGAGUCAAGAAAUGGAAAAAGACCUGCUGCGUCCCAUCAUUUGUCAUCUUCAUUUUUAUUCUGGGCUGUUUCAUUGCUGGGAUCAUAUUGUUGGCCAUUUUCAAGGUGGACAAAGAACACUUGACAAUAAACGCUGUUCUGAUAUCUAUUGCCUGUAUUGUUGGCCUGGCUGUGAUCCUUAACUGCCAGACAUGGUGGCAGGUGCUAGAUUCUGUCCUUCACUCUCAGAGAAAACGAGUCUUGCAAGCAGCUUCAAAACUUCACAAACUAAAGCCAGAAGGAUUUAUGAAAGUUCUAAAGUGUGAAGUGGAAUUAAUGGCCCGGAUGGCUAAAUCUAUUGAUGGCUUCACUCAGAACCAGACCAGACUUGUGAUUGUUAUUGAUGGACUAGAUGCAUGUGAACAAGACAAAGUAUUGCAAAUGCUGGACACGGUUCGGGUUUUGUUUUCAGUCGGUCCCUUCAUAGCCAUAUUUGCCAGUGACCCACAUAUCAUCAUCAAGGCAAUCAAUCAAAAUCUGAAUAGUGUUUUAAGAGAUUCUAAUAUAAAUGGACAUGACUAUAUGCGUAAUAUAGUCCACCUACCUGUAUACCUAAACAGCCGAGGACUGAGUAGUGCAAAGAAGGUUUUUGCAGCAGCACCCUCUAAUGGAGAUGUUGGAAAUUCAGAAACUAUCGGUUGGCAUGAAGACAAUGAUAGGAAGCUUUCACAGCACAGUCUAGGGGAAUUGACCAAAUUGGGUAGCAAGACAGCACUUAAUAGACGGGAUACAUAUCGUCGGAGGCAGAUGCAACGACAAGUCACAAGGCAGAUGUCUUUUGAUCUGACUAAGCUCCUGGUUACUGAAGACUGGUUCAGUGACAUCAGUCCUCAAACCAUGAGACGAUUGCUCAACAUUGUUUCAGUAACAGGCCGUUUGCUAAGAGCUAACCAGAUUAGCUUUAACUGGGAUCGGCUUGCCUCUUGGAUAAACCUCACAGAACAAUGGCCUUACAGAACCUCUUGGCUUAUACUGUACCUGGAAGAGACUGAUAGUGUACCAGAUCAUCUCACCCUGAAAAGCAUCUAUGAAAGAAUAUCCAAAAACAUUCCAUCUACCAAAGAUGUAGAACCACUUUUGGAAAUUGACAAUGAUAUUCGUAGCUUCGAAAUUUUCCUAUCUUCAAGAACACCAAUUCUUUCCUCACGUGAUGUAAAAAUGUUCCUACCUUGUACAGUGAAUUUGGAUCCUAAACUACGUGAGAUUAUUGCAGAUGUCCGUGCAGCCAGGGAACAGAUGUCCACAGUGAAUAUAGCAGGAAUUCCUUAUCCCUCACUACCUUUGCAGGAGGCUCCACCCCGGGCUGCGUCCAUCUACAGCCAGGCACCAUCAGUUUGCUCUUCCUCUGGUUCAUUUCAUGGUGCCUUCAAUGGUAAUGUAAUGUCACCGCAACCUUCCAGCAGCUACUACAGUGGCAUGGUGGGACCCCAGCAUCCAUUUUAUAACAGGCCAUAUUUUGCCCCUCAUGUCUGUUUCCUGCCAAGGCAGUACUUUGGCAGUACGCAGUAUUCCAUCUCACGUUCAUCAACUAAAGCCAGUUUGUCACGGGAGCAGAGCAGUAACCUAGAAGUGAUCGAGGAGAAUGCUGCUGAGGGGCUUCCUUCCCCCACAGACGCCUCACUGCUUAAAUUAAAGCUCUCAAAACAGAGGCAGGUGACCACCUCAGUUGCACCAGUGUCCACUGCUGCUCUACUCAGUUCAAUGAAUGUGGAUGGUAUCUGUGCAAAAGUUAAACAAUUGGAAGGACUUGAUCAAGCUAUGCUACUCCAGUACGUUGCCACUAUUAAGAAGGCAAACAUUAAUGGAAGAGUAUUAAAUCAGUGCAAUCUGGAUGAGCUGAAGAAAGAAUUGAACAUGAAUUUUGGUGACUGGCAGCUGUUUAGAAACAUGGUUUUUGAACUGCGUCAUUUGGAAACCCAGGCUGUUCAAGAAGAAUCAAGAACAACUUGUGAUCACAGUAAUAAUGUUCAGACACAAAAUGAUCGUUCUCGUCAUCUUCCACCAAACAGCGAUCAAUCAAGCAACACUGAGGUUCCUGGAAGCUCCUCACAAGAAAAUUACUGCUUAAAUUUUAGUUUUGAGGAGCUGAGGGCUGUGGGUAUUGAUGAACCAAUACAACAUACCAAUCCAACUUGGCAGCCUCCCAGAACACCAAGUCUUUCAAGUAUCAACUCUCAAGAAUCUUCCAAUGAUGUCUCGAGGCUCACUGAUAAACAGCAAGCUGAGUAUAGAGAUGCUUAUAAAGAAUAUAUUGCGCAAAUGUCCAAUAUCGAUGGACCAACUAACUCCAACACUGACAAAUCUAACGUGACUUCAUCUCAUAGCUCUGGUAAACUCUUUGGAGCAAAGAACACAACAGGCACUCCCCUCCAUCCCACUUUGGAACAGGAUUCAGAUGAGAAGCAACAUGAAGAUAAAAAAUUGUUUUCAGGAAAGAGAGACACAGUGCAACGUGGAGGCAAGCCUUCUGUAGGUGACCUUGGAGACUACACAUCAUCCACUAUUUCUUCAACAUCAGAUGUAUCUCCACUGGAUCCUAUCACUGAGGAAGAUGAAAAAUCAGACAGUUCAAUGUCCAAGCUCCUCUCCAAGAAAAAGUCUUCGGAGAGAAUGAAUAUAUUUCAAGGAGCAGACCUGACGAGAAAAGGCUUACAUUAUCAGAAACUACCCAGUGAUGAAGAUGAGUCGGGUCAAGAGGAAUCCGAUUAUAUUCCACUUCUUAAAGAUGGGAAAGGCAAGAACGCAGAAGGGAAAUCAGAAAAGCAAGCUAAUUCCUCUGAAUCCAAAACCGAGGCUGCCAAAUCCUUGAUCAAAUCAAAAGAAUACCUCUCCGAUGGAAUGCUCGACAAGAAAGAUUCAUCUGAUUCUGGAGUCAGGUCCAAUGAGAGCUCCCCCAACCACUCUCUCAAUGAUGAAAUAGAAGAGAGUCAACGAGAGAAGACAAAUUUGAUACAACUAGAGGAUAACCCAUCACGAGAAAAGAGAGGUAUACCUAACAGUUUAAGUGGCCUUCAAGACCCAAGUAUUGCCCGUAUGUCUAUCUGCUCUGAAGAUAAGAAGAGCCCUAGUGGUUCUACCUCUGAAUGCAGUUUGAUAGCCAGCAGUCCUGAAGAGAAUUGGCCCGUUCCUCAGAAGAUGUUUAACAUCAACCGCACAGCAAGCACUGAGACCCUGAAUAACAACAGCAAUCCUUCCAGUAGGGCUCAGAAUGCAGGUGAGGCUGAGAGCAAAGAAUUUAUGGAAAUAGCCGAUGACCCUGAGCACUUAGAAAAUAAUGGAUCUCGAGUCAUUAUCCAUCCAACGGCAAGCUCAGCAGUGGGCAAGGCAUCAGCACAGAAUGAUACAUAUGCAGCUUCGUUCAAGAAUGACAAUCUGAGAGGAAUAGGUGUUAAGCGUGUCUUGUCGUCUGUCGCCUCAUCGAAUUUCAUCAAGCACUCGAAGAGUACCGUCUCCUCUGAGGCCCAUGUGGUUGGUUCCAGUGAUGCUUAUGGAGAAGAGCGGGAGAGCAUCCUGUAAAGAAAACACACUUAUUAUGGAAGAUUUGUCAGUUUAGUAAUGUCAACUGAAGUCGUUGAUGUAAGAUUUGUGCGUUCUGUGUUUUCUCCAGGUUACACUUUUUAAACUUCAAUUUACACAGUAACACAUGCUUAAAUCUAUAAGUAUUGAGGUACUUCUACCAAGGAGAUGUUCUAUGUUUUAGUAAUAUAGUUAUAGCACUGUUUAUGUUUGUUUUUGUGUGUUGUGAUUCUGACAAGUAAUACUUGUGAUUGAAAAUGUGUGUCAUUUUGAUGUUGUUUGUGAUGAUGUAACUGGUGACUGACUGCUGUGUUGAGUAUUUAUUGCACUAAGUGUUUUGGUUUCAAUGUUGUUAAAUCUUGUAUUAAAUAAUAGCUAUACUUAUUCAGUGAUAAAAUGAUUGAUUUGUUCUGUAAUGUUGUUUAUGUGAAUCUUGCACUUUUAGACUUGAAACGUAAAGCCUUGUGUCCAAGCUUUCAUCACAUCCCUUGUCUAUACUAACUCCCUGCUCGCCGAACUUUCCAACUCUUACCUCCAAAAGCUGCAGAUUAUUCAGAACUCUGCAGUUCGAGUCCUCUUCCCCUCCAGGCUCAAGAUCCUCAUCCUCACUUUUAAAGCCCUGCAAAGUCUUGGCCCAUCCUACCUCUGUGACCUCCUAAAACCUUACCAACCCACCCCUCCCUCUGCUCAGGAGGCACUGGCCUGCUUCACGACCCCACCCUGCCCAUCCUACCAAUGGUAGUUGGGCCUUCAAAGUUCAAGCCAAUUUUAUUGGGGGAUUGUUGACCAGUUUGACUUUCAGCCUAUCUGCACCAACCCUCUGGAACUCCAUCCCAAGUCCCUUCGCCUCGGCCCUUCCCGCCCCUUCAAGAUCCAUUUCAAGACCCUCCUCUUUGAUCAUGCCUUUGAUCAUCUUUUGACCCGCCCCAAAACUCUUGCCCCUCCCAUCCUCUUAAUCCAAUCCCCGGGUCGGUUGCAAACAAUCAACUGUCCUGUGCCUUUGGACAUCCUCACAAUGAGAGGCGUAAAUGUAAAUCGAUGUUGUGUAUACUUCACAGUUAAAUAUUUUAUCUAUCAGUUUGUUACCAAUGUGGUUAAAAUAUUUUGAUAUACUCUUUAUCUCAUUUUCACUUCAGUACUAGAUUGAAUUGUUAAUGUAACAUUGUCUUAAUGUUAAAAGCUUUAAUAUAUUAAUCUAGAUGUGUGCAUUGUGAUCUUAAAAAAGCUGUUUCCAUUUGUGUAACUAUCUGUUGAAAUAAAUGGUUGUGGUAAUAAUACUUCUGGUAUUUUGUUAAUUUGACUCUGGUUGUGGUAAUAAUACUUCUGGUAUUUUGUUAAUUUGACUGUGGGAACUUAUUAAAGUUUAAAAAGGUU